GAUGCUUUCUUCUUCACACUCGAUAGUUUCGACUGGAAAAGAACUGAAUACUUACUGAAUUUUAAGACAUUUUUACCAAUUUUAAGACGAAGAUGCCCCAGAGUAGGUCUUACUCGAGGUCGAGAAGCCGGAGUCCUGUCCGGCGGCGGUCCCGAAGUCCAGUUCACAGGAGUUACAAAGACUCGAAAAUCAAGCAUGAAAACGACAGGACAGGAAAACAUCACAGCAGAGUGGAGAGUGACGACAGAAGCAGAUACAGAAGCAGGAGUCCCAAACAGAAGUCCAGGAAUGGGGAUGUACACGUACACUCCUCAGACAAACACAGAGAAUGGGACAGACAUCAGACAGGGUCAUCACGAGAUAAUGGUCCACCCCGUCACAGACACACGGACAGGGCCCGCAACCACGGACUGGACGACCAACAGGCAGCCUUCAUGGAGAGGAGACGAGAAGAGCGGGAGAGAAUCGGCAUGAUGGGAGCUCCUGAGAUCUGGGGAAGAUCUCCCGACCAUCCAGACCCCGAUUCUGAUGCACACUCUCCACAAGAAGACAGUGAGAAUAGCAGCAGUAGUGGGAAUGAUUCAGAAGACAAAAAGAAGAAGAAGAAAAAGAAGAGUAAGAAGAGAAAGUCUAAGAAGAGGAAGAAGCGCAGAAGUUCAGACAGUUCUGAUGACUCGGAUGACAGUAGUGAUGACAGCCCAGACUCAGAAGAAGAAGCCAAAAAGAAGAAAUCAAAGAAGAGAAAACACAAGAAGAAAAGUAAAAAGGCCAAGAAGAUGAAGAUGAAGAAGAAGAAGCAAGUAAGCAGCAGCAGCAGUGAUUCUGACUCGGACUCUGAGGAGGAGGUCACCUAUGUUGAAAGGAAAAGAACAUUGAGUAAUGAGAUGAUAGGACCAGACCCUCUGACAUCAGGCGGUGCCAGUGGAGGUCUGACUAAUUACGGCCACGCCCUGCUGCCGGGUGAGGGUGCGGCCAUGGCUGCGUUUGUACAGGAAGGGAAGAGGAUCCCGCGCCGUGGUGAGAUUGGUCUGACGUCAGAUGAGAUCCAGACGUUUGAAGAUUCCGGUUAUGUCAUGAGCGGCAGCAGACAUCGGCGUAUGGAGGCCGUCCGUCUGCGGAAGGAGAACCAGAUCUACAACGCUGACGAGAAACGGGCGCUCGCCAACUUCAACCAGGAGGAGCGCUCCAAACGGGAAAACAAGAUCAUGGGAAGCUUCCGCGAGCUCAUCUACAACAAGACUAAGAACAAGAAGUGAACUGAUGCAUUCAGUUUGUUAGACUUGAUUUGAACUGUAAGGUUCGAAAUACCACCUACAUGUAUAUAUGCUCACUCAUCCAUAAUAUAUAUGCAGGUCAGGUGAAAUUGGAGCUGUGCAGGUACAGGUAUUUCUGUUGUCUACCUGCACCUAACUAGCUUUGUACUGAGUUUAUGAUUAUGCGUACUUGUACUGAAGUUGUAGGUGAAUUUUUCUCUGCUGCAUUGACUGCUACCACCUACAAAACAAAUAAUACAAUGUAGCAAUGGUUUCUGAGCAGUUUUAGUAUGAUCAGUACUUGCUAAGUUCCAAGUUGCUAAGUCUAAUUUUAACCACCACAAUGUAUGCACAAAAAAGUAUUUCGAGCCCUGCACUGACAAUGCCACCUGAACUGCUUUUGCAUUUGUCUACAAUCCUCUGGUGAUAUUCCAUGGCAGACUUUCUAUGAAAAUAUAUUAAUUACAUUUGUAUAUUCUAUCAGCUGUGACAGUCAUAAUCUGAAUGUGCUGGAUGAAAAUAAGAGGACAGAAUGUUUGAUUCAUUGACAUGUAAAAUAAUGUAAAUUUGACUACUAGUAUCCCAGAUCCCUUCAGCCAGGUCACUUCUUGUACAAUCUGUGUCAUUAAGUCUCAAAAGACUAUGACUUGACUCUACAACAACAGAAUGGUGCAGUUCCUUUUUCUCUUGUUCUUGUACAGGUCAGCUAGGUUAAUCCAUCUUCUGAUAAAUAUCUCAAGUUUAAGCAGUUCUUACUAUUGUGCGAGUACUGUAAUAUACGGAUUGGGAAUUUGAUUAUGUAUUUGUAGCUAUCAUUCCAUACUUUCGACUAUCUUUCUUCAAAUUAACACGUUCCUAUUUGUGGCAAAAAUGUACUGGUAAUUUCCUUGUUUUUCACAGAAGGUAUACUACAUAUUGUACAGUCAGAACUGUCCAAAAGACCACUCGGGACCAACAAAAUCUGGUCUAUUUGAACAAGUGGUCACCAUAGACAGGAUUCUUGUGAGAAUGGGAAAAUUAUAAACCAAAAAGUGGUCACAUUGGCCAAGUGGUCCUUAUGUACAUGCAGAGGUGGUCACUUCUAUAGCUUUGAUUCCACAAUGUAUAUUGUUAUCACUUACAUGUAACCCUGCUUUUUUAAAUGUUGAACAUGUAUAGAAAAAUGCACGUUACACAAGAACAUGAACAGAGACAGUUCAUAUUUACCUAAGUGCAUAUAUCAGCUCUCCAGUAUGUAUUUCUGUAAUAAAGUUCACACAUUUUUUAUCUUA